GAAAUUUAGAGCUGAAAUUGUCUGAUAUACAAAUCUUGUAAAUUUCAACACAAUCAUGCUGGAAAUAACUGUGAAAACAUUGGAUUCCCAAUCACGCAAUUUUUCUGUUCCGGAUGAUAUUACAGUUCAGUCAUUUAAGCAACACAUAUCACAGACUGUGAAUAUUCCUGUGGAAAGGCAAAGGUUAAUAUAUCAAGGAAGAGUUUUACAAGAUGCUGUGCAAUUAAAUGCAAGUGGAGACAUCAAUGGAAAAGUUAUUCAUCUUGUUGAGCGUUUACCGACAGCACAUGUUCAAACUCCAGCUGAGACCGCAAGGUCAGGCCCGAGGGUGCCUGGGCCUCCCCCAAGGGCUGCGACCCCACGUGUCCCAGGACUUGCAGGAAAUAUAUUUGGUCCAUUUCCUGUGCCAGCUCCUGGUCCUAAUUUCAACUCAAAUCAGUUCGUGCAGCAAAUGCUGCAGCAAGCUCUCAGUGGUAUGUCAAAUCCGGUUGGGCCAACUGUCGUCAGAGGUUCGGUACGACAUCCCCAUAUGUCGGAAGGUGAUAUGCGAACAGAAAUUCAGAUUCACAUAGGUCCGCAAGGUGCACAAGGAAGUCAGAGCAACCAACCAAAUGUGAACCAGGAACAUAGACACCCGGUUCAGCCUGCCCAGCAAAGCACGGCACAGAGAAGAGUUCAACCUCAGCAAAAUACUGCUCCACAAAGACCACAGGAAGUGUUGAGCGAGCCACGUCGUCAGCUGAAUCAUGUUGAAUAUUUACUGAUUAAAUUAGAAGAGCACAUCGUAUGCUUGGAAACUGGUAAUUUUCCCGAAAGUCUUGGUGAUAAUACCAACACCAGCAAUACAAAUUUAUCAGAUUCAACGGGGACUCAGAACCAAGCAUCAACAAGUGGCACAGGUUCUAUUAAUUCUGCAGCUGGUCAAGCAACUUCAUCAGAGCCAAACAGUACUAGACACCCAUCAUUGCCAGAUGUCGGUCAUGUUUUGCGGCGUGUUACAGAGCUUGAGACUAGGUUUUUACCAUUUUUAAUAGAAUAUACAAACUUUCUUGAAAUUGACCCGGCCUAUUCAAGCACAGAAAGCGCAGAAUACAAACGAAUGAUGGGGUUUGUAACGGCAGUAUUGAAAUCUCAAAGAGCAUUGAGCGUCAUACAUAGAAUUUUCUCUUUGUUGGUUAUUCCAUUGUCCGAAACUCCACCACGGUCAAUGCUAAUACAAGGAGAAUGCUCGAGGCAUAGAGCUCCUCAAGGACGAAGACUCCACAAUGUUGCUACUGCUGGGCAAUAUUUGAAUCAACCUCGGAUGGGACAAGUUCAUCAGGGUGGAUCGAUCAGAAUGCCCAUGUUUUUGGGACCAUUUCGUGGAACUGCUCCAAUGAAUAUGAGACCAGGGAUGAUCGGGAUGGGGCCGAUUCCCCAAUCCAUGCUCAGGUUUAAUUCUCCACCACAGCAUCCAAUGCCCCAACAAGGUCAUCAGUCUGGAUUAUAUGGCCAUCCAACUUCCCAGCAGACAAGUUUCGUUGGUCGACAUCCAGUGCCUGUCCUUGAACAAACUCAGCCAGCUGCAUCAGGCCCUGUUCAAGUGUCCAGGAGCACAACCUCAUCUGAACCUGUCAGCGUGGCUGGAGGUACUACUGCACCCACUAACGACUCUGUUGUCAGUCAGAGCAGUGCUAGUUCUCAUGGCUCUACUAGAGUUGACAUUGCACCCACCGAUUAUGCUGUCCAAAUUACAACUCAUAUUCAGCCUAACAUAAACAUUAAUAUAACACCAGAAUCAACUAUUGGAACCACGAUCCAAGAAGGAGAAAUCGAUGGGAUUGUUGAAACCUCUUUGGAAGAGGGUGGAGAUGCUGGUGCUCAUAUUGAUCCAGCACAUUCAGAUAGUACACAGGCAUUUGGUUUUUCUUCGUCGAUGCAAGCGGAUGACCAAGGAAAUAUUUCAAUACCCCAAGAAAUGCAACUUCCUUCUAUUCCUGGAUUGUCUCAAGAAGCAAUGCGCCAAAUCAUUCAGAGUGUUCAAGGAUCUGUGCGGCAAGUCAUGAAUGUUGUAACGCAAAACAAUGGUACAAUGACCGGAGAAAACACAUCACAGCAACAUACUGAAAGAGUGUCAAUACAGGGACUGCCUGGAGGAACUAACCAAAUCCCGAUUGAAAUCGCUAAUAUCAUUGGUCAAACUGUUCAGAACAUAAUGCUUAAUCAUCUCACUAACUCUGAACCAAAUUUUCAGGAAGACCAAGCAACAACUGGAGCGUCAACAACUUCGUUGUCUAGCGGCACAACCUCUGUUAGCACAACUGCAAGUGCUACUAUCACACCAACUUCUUCUAAUACCACGCCAUCAGUUCCAACUACUAGCAGCAAUGCAUCCUCUGAGCAGCCAGUUACUGAAAACAGAUUGGCAGAACUUCUUGCAGAAAUUCAUAGAGGACAUUUUGGAACCAUCGCGAAUCAAACGUCAACUAGUUCAGAGUCACAACCAGUUGGAGGUACAAGGGAGAGGGUUGUUGGUCAAGCUGGGAAUACACAUAGAAAUUUGCCAAAAAUUCAACGAACACCAAAUUGUGUGAAUGAUAUUGUACGGGGUCAAGGUUACAUGAGUGAGAUGUGCCUAACAGGUAAUGAAAACAUCAUUGAACUUGUGUUGUUUUAUUGCGGGGAAUUGUUAUCAAUUCCAGACUGCAUUGCUUUUAUGGCUGGUGCUUCAGAACCUGGAAACCGACUCAGAGGUCCACUGAGACGGGUCCUUUCUGAACGCUGGUUUGAAGGAUCUGUACCUAACAGGGAUCAGAUUGAAGCUGAAGUUGAUCGUCACUCGGAUGAAUUAAGGCCUUUUAUUGAAGAGUAUUUUCACAAUGAGCAGCCCAAGUUACAGGAUGUCAGCGUUGUAGAAUCUAACUUAUCUCUUUAUCGCCAUGUUUUGCGAAGACUUCUGCAUUUACUGUACAUUCAUGAUUCUCAGAAUUUUGCUCGUGACAUUCACAAUCAUCUCAUUAAUAGUUUGGCACUUGCUUUACAACUCAACGUUCAUAUUUUGCGUGGAACUGAGGAAAGAGUGCAACAAUUAGUCAUGAGACAAUUAGGAGCUGCUUUAGAUCCGUUUUCAACUGGGGCAACAAAUCAACCAAAUCCAAUGGUUGAACAAGUGCGAACUAUGAUGGGAAACCAUCUCAUACCAUUUAUCCGUAAUCAUUCUGUUAAUCAAGAUCAGAUUGACCAGUUUGUUAUGAACUUCCCAGCUGAACAAGAAGCCACACUGACAAAUGAAGCAACUUGUAGUAAUAUAACAAAUACUUCGAACAUGGACGAAAAAGCAAACAAAUCUGAAAUAGCUCAUGAUAACCAAGGGACCUCUGAGUCACUCCUACCAAUGCCCAGCGAAAAGCAAGAAGAAAGCGAACAACCAGAAAAAGACUCUGGAGAUGCUGAUGUGAUGGAAAUUUCAGAAGAAUCGAGCACAGAAGAUCUAGAUGGAGCAAGGGAUGAUGUUGAUUGGACAACUAUGGUUCCGGAAGAAUGGGUUUCUGUCAUAACUGCUGAUAUCGAGAAUCAAAAGAAUGUUGUGGAACAGCCACCAUACAGCGAUGCCUAUUCUGUUGGAAUGCCUGCUAACAAAAGGAGAAAAGUAUGAGCUGAAAUAUUUUCAAAUCAUUUACGGAAAUAAAGAGAACUUUUAUUUUUUCUUGUGGCUGAUAAAACUGUGUGCUAUGAACAUUAUAAUAAUUUGUGUUUGAUAAUUUCUAACAUUACUGCUUAAUUCAAAUAAUUCUUUUGAACUUUAGUUCAUCCUCUGAUUCUGGCAUGAUUGUAUUGAAAUGUAGGCUACUGUACAGUGGGGAUGAAUGCACAUAUUUAGUUUGAAUUUUUCCAUAAAUGUCUGUUCUGGUCUUUCUCCAUUUUGAGUGAAUUGUCAUUCAUGUGCAAGAGCUGAAAUUGGGUUAAGUUUUUCACAUCCUCUUAUUGAUUCGGUUAAUUGCAAUUCUAUAUAUUACAAUACUUUUUUUCAUUGUCAAUAGUUGCCGUCCUCAAUAUUUUAUUCGACUUCACUUAAUAAAAAGAAACAUCAGCAUUGUCAUCAGCAGGUCUAUCAGCAUUGGAAAAACCGAUUGAAGCAAGAUGAAAAUUGUGCUUUUGAUAAUUUUAUAAUUAUCAUUAAUGCGCCAAUCCUUUUAGUGAUAAUAGAUAAGGACAAUAUGUAGAUUUUUGUCAUAUUUUCAUGAAUCGCUGAUUCAUAACAUUCGUCAAUUUAUAACUUGUAUUGUUUUUAUUGGUUUCAGAUAGAAAACCCUGCUUUUAAUGUCUGUUCUUUGGCAUUAACUAAUAAAAUAAUCAGUUUAUGCAUAUCUAUUUUAUAAGUUUGGAACAAAUGAUGUUUUUCAUGAUAUAGGAAAAAAACUCUGAUAACAGCUAAAUUUAUUUUCUGAUUUCUUCUUUUUGUGAGAUAUUUUGUUUAAACAUUAAAAAUUCUGGGGAAGCAUUUGUAUAAAUAUUAAUAGUAGUUUGAUGCUUUUUGAGUCCUAUUAUGCCAUGUUUACUUGACUUACAAUUGCUUGAUAUUCUGUUUCAAAAACAUGUAAUGUAAUCUUAUUUCAUUUGUCAGCAUGCUUAGCUAAUAUUUGUGUGUCCUAUACAAGUAGAAAUUUUUUUGGAGUAGAAGAAUGCAACAUAGGAAUUGGAAAGUUGAGUUCUCUUCAUAAAAUUUGUAAAAUCACAGAACAUUGGAAUAUGUGAACCGACUUGAGAAGUACUUGCUGACAAGGGAAAAACUAACAUGGCACAUCAGAAGACCAAAGAUACCAUGCCAUCGGAUGUGCCAAAGAUGCCAUCGAAUAUGCAUUGGGAAAUAAUGACUUCAAAUAGUACGAGAUCUGAUUCAGGUUUUGAUAUUUUUUGGAUGAAUAGAACUCUUUAUUAUAAGAUGAUGGUGUUAUUAUUACUCCACAUGGACUUGUCAACGGAUCACAUUGUGCUGCUAUAAUGAUGUCUUUAUACUUGUUGCAUCAGCAGGAUCUUCAUUGUGAUUUUUCGAUCAUUAUUUUACCAUCCUCGCACAAUGGUUUGAAGGAUCCUGUAACAUAUACUGUCCACAAGCUGAUAUUUUCAACUUUAUCGACUCGCAUCCAAGAAUUGACUAAACCAAUGAUAAAAAUUGGUGGCAAAGUGACAUGCCAAGGAAUUGAAAGUGUCAUUGAAUAUGUGUAUACUGGCAGAAUUACAGACAUCCAGAUACUUCCUAUUGAAUUGGCUAUUCAGAUAAACAGAGCAGCUCUUGCAUUGGGAAUUCAACUUAAAAGUUAUCUUCACAAACAGCGAAAUGACAUGGUUGAAACAUCCACAAAGGUAUACGUUGGGCAACUUCACGAAUCGGGUAAAGAUACAGUUAUAGAAAAAGCUAAGCUUACAGUUUCAAUGGUUUCCGAUUCUGGCAAACUGCUUCCUAUGGACGAAUGUGAUGCAGACACUGUAGUAUUGCCAGAAGGUGAUGCUAAACGAAAGAAAAGUUUUUCAAAACAGGCUGUAGAAAUGCGCCGGAAGCGUCUUAGAGAAACUCCUCAACAAAAAUCAAUCAGACGAGAAAAAGACAGACUAAGAAAGCAGGAAUUCCGAAAACGCCAGCGUGAACUUCCUGACAUUUCAUCGUAAUGCUUAGUAUCGCUCUAUUGUUGCUUUAAACAUACAUGAAAAAUAUUCAUAUAUAUUGUACUUCUUCGAAUAUUUAUGGAUCCAAGUACGUAACUAGCUUAAUUUACUUAUACUCAAAUCAGAUCAAUAUCAUUAAAUUUAUUAACAAAACAGUUUAAAAUGAAAAAUUAUGUCACUCAAGUCUCAUCGCGCCUAAGGAGAAAAUAAUUGGGACAGUUUUAUAGCGGUACAUAUAUAUAUAUAUCUGAAAUUCCAGUCCUGUCUUGUGGGUGGUCUUGAUUGAAGGCCAACUACAUUAUUUCUCUCUCUGACAGAUACUUGACAAAAAUAAUAAAACAGUUUUCUUUUUGUUAUUGAUGAAGUUGUUAUUUACGAUGAUAUGCAACUUUCAGGAAAAAUGUAAAAGCUCUCUAGAAUAUUUUUACCAAAGUUUACAGCCGCAAAUGAAUGCGUAAAAUUGUUUUUCUCUAGUGUCUCUUAUUUUCCUCUCGAGUACUGGUUACAGCACUUGUAAUAAACCUUCCCUGGGUUUUGCAUAUUUGCCCGUCUUUUUGUCACCCUUGUUUGUGUUUUUUGUUGUAGUGUAGACGAAAGAUUGAAAUAAAAUUGCAUUGUAUUUAG